CCGUAGCAGAGUAGUCACGGGUCACUCUGGUGACGUGUAAGUAGCAAUGAUACCAGGAAGUGUGAACUAGGGAAGCAAAAUAGUUUUGGUAAAUUGAUUAUUUUCACUCGUUAUCAAGGAAUAUAAUUUAUUCUGUAGUGAAUAGGUGUAUACUCUAGUUGUGUAACAUAUUACCAGCCGUCUAGCUAGCUUGUUAGCUACCAUGGGACGACAUGGGCGCGUUGGUUUAGCGGUUUUUGUUCUCGUGCUGGUCUUUUGCGAAGCAAGAAGACACAAACUCGCCCUAAAGAAUGACACUAGAUUUGUGGUUCAUCUCAACACCUUCGGUUUCUUUGCCAACGGAACUCUGGACGUCAACGUUCUCUCCCUGAGACUGCCUGAGGACAACAGCAAGCACCCUGUGGGAUUCAGUCUCUCCAAGUCUCGUGUUAAUGGAGUGCUGUCCUACACAGCGGAGGAAACGGGGGUGUGUCCGCUCAGCAAACAAAGCAGUGUUGAGCCCCUCUUCCUCUUCCUCAUUGACACCAACAUCCUCAGAGUCAAUGUGAAGUCUUAUGGAGACCAGGACAGUGUCUUGACCCAGCUGAAGACAGACAAGACACUCACUAAAGACUCAGGUUCCAGGAGAAGAAGAGCGGCUCUCAAUGACUCUGAGGACUUGAAAAGGACCGUACAGAAGAGUAAUGUGGAGGAAGAAAAGAAAGAUACAGUGCUGAAAGAGGAGGGGACGAAGGAGGAAAAUAAGAAAGAUACAGUGCUGAAAGAGGAGGGGACGAAGGAGGAAAAUAAGAAAGAUACAGUGCUGAAAGAGGAGGGGACGAAGGAGGAAAAUAAGAAAGAUACAGUGCUGAAAGAGGAGGGGACGAAGGAGGAAAAUAAGAAAGAUACAGUGCUGAAAGAGGAGGGGACGAAGGAGGAAAAGAAGCCAGAACCCAAGGAGGAAGAAGUAAAGGCGCAUUUGGACAAAAUUGAGACAAAAAAACCUACCAAGCAGGUGGGGCGGAUCAACGGGCUGACUCUGGAUGUGCAGAAAAUCAACGGCUCCUACAGCUUCAGCUUCCACAUGGUGAUUGGCCAGUUGGAUGAGGGCCUGUACAACCUCAACUUCCACUACUGUGAGAACAUUCUGCCAGGCACCAACCGCCCCUACACUCUCAACGUGGAGGUGACGGAGAAGAACCCAGGAGGUUACCUGUCAGCAGCAGAGAUCCCUCUCCCUCGUCUAUACAUCUUCAUGGCUGGAGUUUUCUUCAUUAUAGCCAUGGUUUGGGUUUACACACUGCUGAAGCACAGGUACAGUGUGUUUAAGAUCCACUGGCUGAUGGCAGCUCUGGCCUUCACCAAGUCCAUCUCCCUGGUCUUUCACAGUAUCAACUACCACUUCAUCAACACAGAGGGACACCCCAUAGAAGGAUGGGCUGUCAUGUACUACAUUACUCACCUGUUGAAGGGGGCUCUGCUGUUCAUCACUCUGGCGUUGAUUGGUACUGGCUGGGCCUUCGUUAAAUACAUCCUGUCAGACAAGGAGAAGAAGAUCUUCAUGAUCGUCAUCCCUCUACAGGUUCUGGCCAAUGUAGCCUACAUCAUAAUAGAGUCUACAGAGGAGGGCUCUAGUGAGUACGCCCUGUGGAAGGAGGUUCUGUUCCUGGUUGACCUCAUCUGCUGUGGAGCUAUCCUCUUCCCUGUUAUAUGGUCUAUUCGUCACCUACAAGAGGCUUCCAGCACUGAUGGGAAAGCUGCCAUGAACCUGGAGAAGCUCAAGCUAUUCAGACAUUACUAUGUCAUGAUAGUGUGUUAUAUCUACUUCACGAGGAUCAUAGCCAUCCUGCUGAAGGUGACGGUGCCUUUCCAGUGGCAGUGGUGUUACGAGUUCCUAGUGGAGGUGUCUACUCUGAUCUUCUUUGUGUUGACGGGGUAUAAGUUCCGCCCGGCUUCCAACAACCCCUACCUCCAGCUGCCCCUGGAUGAGGAGGACGUGGAGAUGGAUGAAGUGGUGACGGAGUCCGGCAUGUUGGAGGGCAUCUCUAAAGUCAAGAAGACAUCUAAUGGUCGAGAGCGCCAGAAAUAGUCUACCUUGUGAGAGUGUGUGUGUUUGGCAAGAGGGGGGUGUUCUAAACACCCAUAUAACCCCUCAGCGUUUGAGAGAAACGGGGACUGAAACGGACCAAGGCACACCCUUUACCCCCCCCCCCAAAAAAAAACACUCCUCCUUCACCACUCCCCCCCCCCCCCCCACCCCAAAAAAACCACUCCUCGAUCUGAAACUGGGUGGCUGUUACUAAAGCAACCACUGCCUCGCUAUGCAACAAGACAAAGGAUGACAGACUUUAGUUGUCGUUGGACCUUCUCUCUCUCAUUUAUCUGGAGACUUUCUGGAGGCUCUGCACCCCUGCCUGGUGUCAUAAUGGUUCAUUCCAGGGAGAACUCUUCCACCCCCCCUCAUCGAUGGAUGAAUGGAAUGGUCUGGUCUGGGAUAGAAUGGACCUCUAAUGAUCUCUUUCUCUCUCUCUCUCACUCCCUUUCCCUCUCCUUUUCUUCUCUCUGGAGAACGGAGGAAGCGAGACUCCAAAGAUGAUCAUUUUCCAGAUGUGUGAUUGGUAUAUUUUAUAUUCAGAGUAUCUUGUUCUGUUUUAAUGUGUCCCAACUGGCACCCUAUUCCUGAUGUAGUGCACUACACAGGGUGUGGUUUGGAACCCUGUUCCUGAUGUAGUGCACUACACAGGGUGUGGUUUGCAACCCUGUUCCUGAUGUAGUGCACUACACAGGGUGUGGUUUGGAACCCUGUUCUUGAUGUAGUGCACUACACAGGGUGUGGUUUGGAACCCUGUUCCUGAUGUAGUGCACUACACUACGCAGCCUCUGUCUAUUUAAGUGGUACUUCUGUUCUGUUGGACUACUUUGGCUGUAUUUUGAUGCGUGUUUUGGCUGUUGUGUGUUUCUUCCAAUUGGAGAUGCAGUUUGAGACGUCUGUCGAACAGGGGUUAUCCAACCUUCCUCUGAAGGAGCUGGUAUGGGUGCAGGCUUUUGCUCUGGCCCUGCAGUAAAACACCUGUUUCAACUAAUCAUUUUUUUAUAUAGUUGAUUUAAUUCUAGUUAUCAAUAAAGAACAGCUGAUUCAACUGAUUAAUUAGUCUAUUUUAAUUGUCUCACCCCUGGACCAGAGAACAGACACCCCACCGUGGCCCUGACAGGUUCUGACUGUCUCACCCCUGGACCAGAGAACAGACACCCACCGUGGCCCUGACAGGUUCUGACUGUCUCACCCCUGGACCAGAGAACGGACACCCACCGUGGCCCUGACAGGUUCUGACUGUCUCACCCCUGGACCAGAGAACAGACACCCACCGUGGCCCUGACAGGUUCUGACUGUCUCACCCCUGGACCAGAGAACAGACACCCACCGUGGCCCUGACAGGUUCUGACUGUCUCACCCCUGGACCAGAGAACAGACACCCACCGUGGCCCUGACAGGUUCUGACUGUCUCACCCCUGGACCAGAGAACAGACACCCACCGUGGCCCUGACAGGUUCUGACUGUCUCACCCCUGGACCAGAGAACAGACACCCACCGUGGCCCUGACAGGUUCUCACUGUCUCACCCCUGGACCAGAGAACAGACACCCACCGUGGCCCUGACAGGUUCUGACUGUCUCACCCCUGGUCCAGAGAACGGACACCCCCACUGAUAGACUGACCCACCCCCAGUGAAAGCAGCAUCUAUGUGGGUAUUUGGGGGAAGUUAUCAGAACCCUGGUCAGGAUAGUGACAGGUCCACUGUUCAAUCAAUCUUCAUCAUUUGAUUAGCAUCUCCAUAUCUUCUGUUCUGUUCUUGUCAAUAUAGAUGAUUCAUAUGUUUGAAUGUAUAUCAAGAUAUUGUUUAUUUCACUUUUCUUUAAUCCUGGUUCCAUCUCAGCACCUGAUUCCAUCAAUCAUCCAAUCAUCAAGCCCUUUUGAUAAGUUGAUUGAGGUGUGUUAGGCUGGCACAAAACCCUGCACAGUCUGUGGGUUUCCAGGACUGGGAUUGAAGGAAUCUGAUGUAUUUGACUUUGUGUUUGUCAGAAUCAUAGACUGGGGAUGAAUUUUUAUUUUGUUUCUCAGAUUUUCAUGAAAUGCUUUUUACUGAGCGGCUGAUGUUUGUAUUUAGUCUGUUUUUGGUUUUACUGUGUUGUUAUUAUUGACAUUAUUUAACAGAUCACGAGUUUGUAAAUAUUGAUAUUGACAAAAGACUGAGAGGAUGAUUUUAUUAUCGUUGGUGGCAACAUAAGCAGUGCAUAGCACCUUCACCAGCAGUACAUAGCACCUUCAUAAGCAGUGCAUGAGGGCUUCAUAAGCGGUGCAUGUGGGCUUCAUAGGUACAUGCAUCAUCUUGAUUCUAUUCCAAUAUGACAUGUACCGACCCAAUCACAACAACCCCCACAGCCUUCCAGCAGGUAUUUGAAACUAUCCAAUCAUUACAGACCUGUUGAUCUGGGAUUGGGCUAUGGAUCCUCCACAGGGAUGACAUAGGCCCUUAGGUAUUGCUUAUGAAGGGGACAAGUAGCCUCUAAGUACGUUUCCUGCUCUAACUCUAAAGAUCUGAUCAGACAUGGACUGUACAUCAGUGGAGUUGUUGCUAAUAGCAACAUGUCACAAGUAUACCUAAUUUACAUCCCAAAUGGCACCCUAUCCCCUAUAUAGUGCUCUUCAUUUGACCAUAGCCCUAUGGGUUGAACCCUAUCCCUUAAGUAGUGCACUAUAAAGGGGAAAGGAUGCCAUUUGUGGCACAGAGGGAGGAGUUGAAUGGAUCUGUUCCAGGGUUUGUUGUGCGUCUACGGUUUUAAACUAAAACCUGCUAACCAACGAUGUAAUGUCUAACAGUAUGACGGAUGUCACAUGGUUAAAUAAAGCUGACCUUUGGAACAUG